AUGGAAAUCUCAGGCACAGACGAGACUGGUAUCCUUAAGGAGCUUAUACUGGAGGGGGCCCUUUAUUUUCGGUUGUUUGAAUGCCAAAAUGAGGCGCCGAUUACCCAGAUGAGACUCAAGAAUGUGAAGGGGUAUGGAUCGGGGACUUUGACCAUAUACCCGGUUAUAAGAGUGCCGCAGCCAUCUACUUCGCCGACAAUCAAAAAGGCUCGGGGGGUUCCCACCAGAAGCAUAUCAUCGACGGUACCGAUUCGGACAGUACUGAAGUCGUCCCAGUCGUUCUACAGUAUUUUGAGAGCGCUGAUGCACAAGGACACAAGAGAAGAUUUUCGCGAUGAUAAGGGUACUGGAUCGGUAGAAAUCGAUGUCAAAGUACCGACUGAGCCCCACCUGACCGUGACUUUUUCGGCUUCCCUCAGUGGCCCUGGCCAUGGUGAAUGGAAGUAUACAAUCACGAGAGGUGGGAAAAAGAGAAACGUCGAAGAAAAACUUUUCUUCGACGAAGUGCUGAAAUUAAAACUCUUCCGGUGUGUCUUUACCGGCGAAGACUUUGCAAAACUCGGCUCAGCGGAUAGCUUUCGAAAGUUUGUUCACCCAACUGAGGACUUGUCGAACAAUACCUUGUUGAACAACGCAUCAGAAGCUAACCUUGAGGAACUCCGCAAAAAAGCUGUUGAGCAGGCUCGCGCCUUGAAGGCUGCUAUGCCUGGAGCUGACUUUCUCGGCGAUUGCAGCACCAAUUUACGAAAGAAGCGCUCUGAGUGUGAUUCUGAACGCGAAGAACAAGACCGUUGUGCAAAAUUAGUCCGCCAGGACCUCAAAAAUUCAGCUUCUCUGCAACUCGAGAAAGUAAAGGCGAGCAAACGCGAGAACGAGAGACUUCUGGAAAUCCUUGACUUAGUGGCGGAGAUUUUGAAGAAACAACUUGAGCAUUACGAAGAGGACUUGCGCGACAUGAAGGAAACUACCAAGAAGCUCACUGACUCUAUGAAGAAAGCCAUUGGGGAAAACGGGUUGGCGACUGAUGACGUCUUCAAUAUCGACUUAUCCAGAGUACAAGAAGCCAGGCGUAAGUUGAAUAACUGGAAGCCUCACAAUAUCGAGUCAAAGUUGUACGCCACUAUGGAGGAGUCCGCCCAACUCAACGAGAUCAUAAAAGCGGACGAAGUCUAUCAGAAUGAGCUCGAGGUGGUCUCUCAUAAAUUGGAAGACGACGAUCUACUGUACGUCUCGCAUGUGGGCGUGCUUUACGCGGCGCAGGCGGUACACAAACUUCCACAGGACAGGGUUGACGACAUUAAUCAGUGGCAGAAGUUAGCGACGAGAUACAAUAACCACUUAAGUGAAGCCGCGCGUUUGGAGGCUAAGCUGAAAGGGCUCGUCAAGGGGAUGGAGAUCUUCGAAGAACUCCACAGUGCUGAACCCACAGGUCACUACGACGGCACGGAGCCCCGAGUACUCAUCCAGAUGCAGCAGGAUUUCAAGAGUGCGUUGGACGCCUUCGUCGACGCGGCAGUGGACAGCUUGGUGAAAAUUGCCGAGCAAAAAUAUAAGGAGGUCAUUGAAACUGCGAACUUGACGACGGCGAGAUACACUCUCGCGUCAGCUUUUGUCCACUAUGCCAAGAAUACCGGUUUCGGUGGGGGCUUCAUGACAUUUGGUGACAAGGGUGAAAUUACUCUUGGCGGAAUCGAGCUGCCGAACGAGCACGUCCAGGAAAGAUUGCUCAACGCGUUCUUGAGGGCUGUUUACAAAGUCACGUACCAUUUUAACGCGAACACGCGCUUCAUUUGUGGCAUCCACAAGGGUAAGAACGAAGUUGUGAUGGAUGAGCUCAUGCGAGGUCUCGCUUUCGAUGCUCAAAUUCGGCCGGACACGGUUGUGAUGAUUACUGAUGGAGAUGCGACUGAGAAGUGA